AUGCUGCCAACUUGUACCCGUUGCAGAAGCCGAAGGAUCAAGUGCGACUCCUUGCUUCCAGCAUGCGCAAACUGCUCUAAGCACGAUGUGGAAUGUACCUUUCGAGAUGAAGCUUUACAAGUAGAUGUCACCCGAUGCUAUCUCAAGACAUUGCAGGAUAAAAUCGAGAAGCUGAACUCUGAAUUGGCAAUAAAUUCUCAGAUCUCAUCAAGUGGCCUAACAGAGACUACUCCUCAUAGCAUCCCAACAAAGCUUUCCUCAAUCUCCUCCUUCAUUCUUAUGCCCGGUUCUGGUAAAGACCUAUACAUUGACCUCUCACUUCCAUCACGCAUUGUCGAGGUCACACUCGUGGUACUUUCACAAAGCCAGGAAACGGAUGACAAGAUGACUGUUGAUGAGGAAAGCUUCUCAUUUCCAGACAUUCCACGUCUUGACAGGUCCACACUUACCCCCGGUGCGGUGCGUGGCCUUUUAAAAGAUUACCAUCGCCUUGUUCAACCGAAAUAUGACAUUUUGGACGUCGGAAUUUUGAGCUAUGAUGGCAUGCACCUACGGAAGCUGCCUGAAACGCGAAGAUUCCAGAUACUUAUGGCCUGCGCUAUUUCCGCCACCCAAAAGUCGUACAAAGAGCCAAUCUGGAAACCGUUCGCCAAUACAUGCCGUGAGUGGGCAAAUGACUUCAUUGCCCCAAUCAUAUCUUCUGCCGACGCAGACUCUAUGAAAGCUCUUCUGCUCCUUCUUGUAUACGAAAUGGCCGAUCCGACUCGAGGCGUUAUCUGGGAACUCCUUGAUGUAGCGCGAAGGACGUGCUUGCAGCUAGGCUGGAACCGAACCGCCUCGUCUUCCAACGAGAUCACAAUCAAUGGGGAAGCAGUAUCGCAUGAUCCCAUGAGAACUCGCCUAAUGCGUGUACUGAGGGACAUUGAAGGGUCACUACGGACGAUAUCAAAUCGGCCAACCUUGUCAAUUGAGGAUACAAUAUAUAAUGCAACAGAAGAGGAUAUAUCAUCUACUACCUACAGAAAAUUAUUUCGAGCAAUAUACGGCACUGGUCGGAUUGGCGACACCGGAAGCUGCCCCUUUGUUGGCCCAAUUUCAGCCCUGAUCGAUGGAGCCGAUGGUAUUGCAGAUACCGCCCCGGCGUCACAGGAAAUCUGGCUUGUCCUCCUAGUCACUUGUGUUAGGCACAAGCAAUGUGUGACUUGCUAUCAGGAACCAGACGACCAGCAAGGGAAAGGAAUGAGAACGUUAAGACUUAAAAUUGUCAAGGCAGCCGCAGAGCUCUUAUCGAGCACACACAGAGUAGCCUUCAAUGAUGAAGGCUUUGUAUCACCGAUUACAGCAUGCUCAAGGGCCCUUAUAUCUGGAUGCUCCAUAGCGACAGCUAUAGUGAAGAGAUGGACGACCUUUCAAUCGCACUUCAGAGACUUGAUUCUAUGCAGUGAAAUCCUAACCUUGUUCUGCUCUCAUUGGAAGGGUGGUCAUUCGUACCUUCAUGCCUGGCAGAUUAUUACGGACCUUUUGCAUAGCAAUUUGGAACAAAGAAAUUAA